ACAAGAUUUGGUUCGAAAAAAAAAAGACACAAGAUAAUUAGUGGCAAAUUAUAGAGAUUAGGGUUGGUCUCAAAAACUUUAUAAUAUAUAAAGCCACUAAUCAACGGCUAUAACAAUGCUUUCUCCUCUAAUUGCUACACUCUCUCUGAUGUAAUGCAUGAAAUUGAAUCAAUCAAUUUUAUCGGAAGAGAAAAACACUCUAACUCACAGAUUAUAGAUUCAUUACUACAUUAUCGGAAUCGCUUUUAUUCUUAAGCUAUUCUUCCUCCUUCAUUCCCCUUUGGUUCUUUCCUCAAAGUUAGAAUCCCCUCUCGCUUAAGCUUUCAUUCCUUCUUUCAUUCUUUCGAGAGCCACACGCACUGCACCAACAUCCAUCCACACACACACACUUUUCCAUCAAUUCAUACCAAAAAUAUUCAAUUUCAUAGAUUAGGGUUUAUUUUUUAUUUUGGGUCUUUUAAAUUAAAACAUAAAAAAGACCUUUUUGUUCUUCCUACUUGUUAAUUGAUGAUGAAUUUCAUCAUUGUGUGAUAGUAUUAUUACACGUAAGGCAAAAAAAUUAGUUUUUUUUUGUUGGUAUUCAAAAGAAAAAUUAGGGUUUCGACAUUGAAAACAAUGUCGGUUGCUUUGAGUUCAAUUUGCAAAGAGAGGGUUUAUUGGGAAGGACAAACAGAACAUUGUUCUGUUGACCCUAUCCUGAUUUACCUGACAGUUGAUAGUGUUGUUACGCCGAUGCGUGUUUUGGAGUCUGAUUCAAUUGCUUCUGUCAAAUUGAGGAUUCAGCAAUGUAAAGGUUUUGUGGUGAAGAAACAGAAGCUUGUUUUUAGUGGCAGAGAGCUUGCUCGUAAUGAUACACUUAUUAAGGAGUAUGGCGUCACCGAUGGUAAUGUUCUUCAUUUGGUUUUACGCCUUUCGGAUAUUCUUUUCAUUGUUGUUAGGACAGUUUCUGGUAAGGAAUUUGAGUUUCAUAUUGAUAGGCAUAGAAAUGUGGGGUAUCUUAAACAAAGGAUUAGGAAAAAAGUGGAAGGUUUUAUUGAUCUCGAGGAACAAGAGCUUUUUUGUAAUGAUGAGAUGCUCGAUGAUCAGAUACUCUUUCAUGAUAUAUGUAAAGGGGAUGAUGAUGUAGUUCAUUUGAUUAUUAAGAAAUCGGUUAAGGUUAGAACUACACCUAUUCACAAUGAUUUGAAGAUUUCUGUUGAGGCUCCUAUACCGGAUGAGAGAAUCGAUCAGGGAGUGUUACAAGUAGAAGAUAAUAAGAAUAGGAUCAAACAGAUUCAGAUAGGAAAGUUACCACCUGGUGUCAGUUUCUGGUUGGAACCUAUUGUUGUGAAUCCCAAGAUCAAUUUUUUGCCUUUCCUUUGGGACAUGAUCAACUCCACAUAUGAGGGUUUGAAGAAAGGAAAUCGUCCUAUUAGAUCCUCGGAAGGAACAGGAGGGACUUAUUUUAUGCAAGAUUCAACUGGUCAGGAGCAUGUUUCAGUUUUCAAGCCCUUGGAUGAGGAACCAAUGGCUGUGAACAACCCAAGAGGCCUACCAAGUUCAACAAACGGCGAAGGUUUAAAAAGAGGAACAAGGGUGGGAGAAGGAGCUUUGAGGGAGGUUGCAGCUUAUGUAUUAGAUCAUCCAAGGAGUGGGCCGCGUUUGGUGACAGGUGAAGAGAUCGGGUUUUCCGGUGUUCCUCCUACUGUCAUGGUGCAGUGCUUACACCAAGAGUUUCACCACCCAAAUGGUUAUGCUUGCUCAUCAAAACAUGUCAAGAUUGGAUCAUUACAGAAGUUCGUGAAUAAUGACGGUAAUUGUGAGGACAUUGGACCCGGGGCAUUUCCAGUGGAGGAGGUGCAUAAGAUAACUGUGCUUGAUAUAAGAACGGCUAAUGCAGACAGACAUGCUGGGAAUAUUUUGAUUAGAAAGGAGGCAGGUGGCCAAAUUAAGCUCAUUCCCAUUGAUCAUGGCUAUUGUCUACCAGAUAAAUUUGAAGAUUGCACAUUUGAUUGGCUUUACUGGCCGCAAGCACGUCAGCCUUACUCACGUGAGACAGUUGAUUACAUCAAUUCUUUGGAUGCUGAAAAAGACAUUGAACUUUUGAAACUUUAUGGAUGGGAUAUUCCACUUCAGUGUGCGCGAACACUUCGCAUUUCCACAAUGCUUCUGAAGAAAGGGGUUGCAAGAGGUCUUACUCCAUAUGCAAUUGGAAGCAUCAUGUGUCGGGAAAAUUUGAACAAGGAAUCUGUAAUUGAGGAAAUUAUAAGUGAAGCACAAGAUUCCUUGGGUCCUGGCAUGGACGAAUCAGCGUUUCUUGAUUCCAUCUCCCAAAUCAUGGAUUCCCAUCUUGAUAAGCUCGCGAUAUAGACAUUUUUACCUUUUCUGAUUUAUAUAUCGGUGAGAUAAUAUUUACAUGCAAUGUAAUUCAGUGAAUGACUCUAGUCCAUUUUUGGAUGGACUGCAUACGACAGGUUGCGCAAACAAAAAUGUCAUGGAUUGAUGUGAUCUGGACAUAGGCCUGAAAUUCUUGUUUAUUUCUGGCUUCUCUGAACUGAUUUUUCAGGAUUGUAUUGCCAUGUUCAACAUAAAUUAAAAGGUCUGAAUAAGAUGACUUAUACUAAGACGAAAUAAUGUGUAUCGUAGGAUUGACUGUAGAUCCUUGACAAGAAACUGGAUCUGUCAUUUGUACAUAAUAAAUAUGAUGUGUUAGAUUUUUA